UGAGUGUGACGUGACCGUCUCUUGGUUUAGUCCAGCGGGUUUGUGAACAGAACAACAUUCAGACUUCUCCAGAGUUUGGUGUCUAUUUACUGAUAUUCUCCAGGAGGAGUAACCCCAGGAGGAGAUGGCGGCCGUCCUGCUGCAGGUUCUGGAGCGGACGGAGUUAAAUAAACUCCCGAAAGGCGCUCAGACGAAGCUGGAGAAGUUUGUAACGGAGCUGCAGGAUGCUAACGAGGCGCUCCGGACGCAGCAUGAGCGGCUCAGAGCAGACAGCGAACAGCAGUACUUUGACAUUGACAAGAGACUGACGGAGACUCAGGAACAGACCCUGGCAGCCACCAAAGACGUGCAGACACUCAAGGAGGAAAAUAAUAAACUCAAUGAAGAGCUGAGCACUCUGAAGGGAAUAGAGGGAGAGACUCCUGAAGAUAAACCACCACAACAGCAAACAAAGGCCAAGUAUGAGAUCGAGGCAGAGAAGAGAGAGCUGGCGAGGCUGCUGGAGAAGAGAACGCAGGAGGCGGAAAACCUCACUGAGGAUGUGAAGCAUCUGAAUGAGAAACUGACAGAAACCAGCAAAGUGAAGAUGGAGCUGCAGCUAAAACUGGAUAGUAUACAGUCAUCUGAGGCUUCUGUACAGCACCGAGAGAAGCGUAUGGAGCAGGAGAAAGAGUUGCACGAGAAGAGAAUCGAGUGGUUGACGGCGGAACUGAAGACCAAAACUGAAGAACUGUUGAAAACCAACAGGGAGAAAGGAAAAGAGAUACUGGAACUGCAGGGCGGUCUGAAGAACAGCAAAGAGCAGGUGACCAGAUUGGAAAGACAGCUGACCUCUCUGAAGCAGACCAGUGAAAACCAGGGUAAAAGAGCCGAGGACCUCAACAACAAGCUGAAACAGUCUAAAGACGAGCGAAGUGCCAUGGACGAGAAAUACCGCAAUGAGCUCAACGCUAACAUCAAGUUGUCUUCACUCUACAAGGGGGCAGCAACAGACAUGGAGACGAAGAAUCAAGAACUGAGCAGAGCGGUGGAAGAGCUCAGCAAGCUGAUUAAAGACUCUGGGGAAGCCAAUAAGGUUUUAGAAAAGAAGGUGUCGGAGGGAGAAGCGCUAAAGACGCGGCUUGAGGCGGAGCUGAGAGAGAAAGUCAAGAAAAUGGAGAAAGAGCUGGAAAACGCCACGAUGAAGGCUGCAGGCAAACACUGCUGUGUGCCCUCUCUGACUGAGGAGCAGUUGGACGUCGUGUGUCCAUCAGCAGCUGCCAUCGCUGCCAUUGUGAAGCCCGGCAUGAAGUUUUUUGAUCUGUACAAUGCGUAUGCAGAGUGUCAGACGCAUCUUCAGCUGGAGAAGCAGGAGACCAGGAGAGUGAGCAGAGUUCUGGACGAGAUCGUCCAGGAGGUCGAGUCCAAGGCUCCUGUCCUCAAGCGUCAGAGAGAGGAGUACGAGAGCAUGCAGAGAUCCAUGGCCUCCCUGUGCAACAAGCUGGAACAGGCUCGAACGGAGAUCUACAGUUUGCAGAAAGAGAAGGAGGAGGCCAAGCAGCGCUGUGAUAGCAUAGAGAGAGACAAACUGAGGACAGACAGACAGCUAGAGGACACAUCUACACAGGUGUGUGCUCUUCUGGUGGAGCUGGAGGAAGCCAGAGGGAAUCGGGUGACCAAGGACGACGGCAGCUCUGCCAACAUUUCCAGCACCUCUGAGGUCGUCAGUGCGCGCCAGCUGUCCUUCCGCAGCGUGGAGGAGAUGCAGCGGCAGAACCAAAGCAUGAUGGGAAGGCUGAGCGAGCUGGAGGAGGAAAAGGACAGACGGCAGAGCCAAGUAACGUCAGCGCGCGUGUCCGAGCUGGAGGCCAGCGUGGAUAAGCUUCAGAAGGAGGUGGAGCAGCUGAGAGAGCAGAGGAACCAGCAGAAACAGCUGGCUGACUCCAACGCCAGGCAGAGAGACAUGUACAAGGCCCUGCUGACACAGAGCACCGGCUUCAGCCUGCCUCCUCAAGGUCCGGAUUCUUCAUCCCACCCUGCACAUGUUCGUCCCUCCGUCCCAGCCACUCGCUCUACUCCUCAGAGAGCUGCUGCUGCCGAGUCAGCACAGACUACUCAGGCUAAAGCUGCUUUAAAACAGCUGAAUGAUGCCUUCACUCUGUAUAAGAAGGAGAAGGCCGAGAACGACAGGAUGGUGAAUGAAACAAACGAGCGGCUACAGAGGCAGCUGACAGAUCUCCGCUCCAGCCACGCCAAGCUGUCCUCUCAACUAGAGUUCAGCAACAAGAGGUACGAGAUGCUCCAGGACACCGUAUCCGCCUACCGCAGAGAGGUCUCGGCCCUACAGGAGAGGAACCAAAAGAUGGCUGCAACGGCCCAACGACACGAGCACAUCAUCCACACAAUGAGCCAGGACCUGCGACAGGCUAACGAAAAGCUGGCACUGGAAGAGGUGCGCGUAGAGAACUUGACUAAAGAAAAAGACAUGUUGAGACAAGGAGAGAGUCGACUCAGUCGAGAGAAGGAAUCCGUGCUGGCUGAACAACGGAACCAGAACCUGCUGCUCUCCAACCUCAAGACUAUCCAGUUGACUAUGGAGCGUACAGAGACAGAGACUCGCCAGCGGCUGAACAACAAGAUAGAGCAUCUGGAGGCAGAUCUGGUUUCAAUGAAGACCAGGCUGGACCAGGAAGUAGCACAGAGACACGCCCUUGGGCGCACAAUGGACGCUCAGUUGUUGGAAGCUAAGAAACAGCUGGAGACCCAGAACACCUUGCAGCAGAAGACCAGGGAGUUGUUGCGUAGCUCUGAACAGCAGGUGGCAGCGCUGAAAGCCCAGCUGGCUUCUGCUUCGUCCUCUGAGGCCGUUACUAGCUCCAGCAACACCAACACCACCACCACCGGCAGCACCCCAGCUUCCAGAGCUGCAGCCCUCAGAGCACCACUCAGAGUACGCUCUCCAGUGCCAGCAGCCUCCCAGCAGCUCAGCCAAUCAGAGCAGGAGCUUGCGGAGGUGAAAGGUCUCCUGCGUACCGCCGAGGAACAAAACAGCGAGCUAGCGGAGCAGCUAAAGAACGCCAACGCUACCGUAGAGCAGUACCGGGCUGUGGUACUGUCUCUGGAAGACAGUCUAAAGAAAGAAAAAGAGUCUCGCACCCCUCUGGAGCUCCGGCUGAAGGAGUCCGACGAGAUGCAGAAGCAGCUGGAGAAGAGGAUCUUAGAGGUGGAGAAGAUGAGGCAGCAGGAGAGAGAGGAGGGGAGAAAGGCGGUGGAUGUGGUGGAAAAACAAGUGUGUGAGGUGCAGCGCAGUCUGAAGUCCAGCCAGGCAGAGCAGCAGGAGGCGCUGGAGAGAGCUGCCUCUGCUGUUACACUGGAGCAGAAGGCCAUACAGGACAGCCUGCUGCAGACUAAGCUAGCCGGAGAGGCGCAGGCCAAGUAUGAACGGGAGCUCAUGCUUCACGCUGCUGAUGUGGAGGCUCUGCAGGAGCUGAAGAAAAGAUUGCAGCAAGAUGCGGCACGGAAGAGGGAGCUGGAGGAGCAGCUGAGCAAGAGCUCGUCCCUCGUGCAGGAGAGAACUGCAGCCUUGAACACAGCGGAGAGGCAGCUGAAGGAGGAUCUGUCCAAUAAGAGUCGUCGCUGUGCGGAGCUGGGGAAGCAGAACGCUCUCCUGCACCAACAGAUGGAUGAAAUGGCCACCAAGAGUCGUCAGCUGCAAUCACAGCAGCAGCAGCAGCAGCAGCUCGACCUGUCAUUCAGUGAGGAGGGGAAGACCACUGAACAGAUCCUGGAAAUACUCCGGUUUGUGCGGCGUGAGAAAGAGAUCGCUUUGGCUCAGUGCGAUGCGUCUGACGGAGAAGCCCUUCGCUACAAACAGCGAGUGGAACACCAGGACAGAGAGCUGAAGGAGCUGCAGGAAGCGUUGAACUCUGAGAGGGAGAGGAUGCAGGCUACAGCGAAGACUCUGGCCCAGCAGGAGGAACAGCUGAAGAAGAUGGAGACCAUCAGCGCCCUCCAAGAAACCACCAGGAUGCUGAGAAUGGACCGAGAUAAACUGGAACAAGAGCUGCAGCAAGCUCAGGCUAAAGUUACAAAGCUCCAGUCAGACAUCAGCCCACUACAUCACUCUUUGUCUCUACUGUCAGAGAAAAAUGGCUCCCUGCAGGCUGAUAAGAGGAUACUAGAGGAGGACCUGAAACGCUGGAAGGCCAAAACACAGCAACUGGUUAGCCAACAGAAAGACGGCGAUGUUGAGGAGAGACAGAAACUCAGCGCUGAGAGAGAAGCUCAGCAGAGACGCAUCGCACAGCUGGUUGAAGAGACAGCCAAGCUGAAGACUGAACUGGCAAGAUCCAGCGCCAGCAGUAACUCGGCUCAGUCUCAGCUGCAAGCCUUCAGAGACUCUGUGGCCCGUCUGACGUCGGAGAGAGACACUGCGAAGAAAGAGCUGGAAACGAAAAACAGCGACAUUGUGGAGAAGAACAAGACCAUCACCCAGGUCAAGAAGAUCGGACGUCGCUACAAGACCCAGUACGAGGAGCUCAAAGCCCAGCAUGACAAGCUGGUUGAGGAAACGGCUGCUAAAGCAGGAAGCGAGGCGGCCCCGAGCCAGGAGGAGCAGCAGGAGCUACGCAAGUCUGUAGAGGAGCUGAAAGACGCGGCGCAGAAAAAACAGGAGGAGGCCCAGAAGACCCAGCAGGAGCUGGAGGAAGUUAAGAAGGAAAACCAGCAGACCAAGGAAAAGUUCCAGGAGCUCCAAAACCAGCUGACACAGAAACAGAACCAGCUGACACAGGUCCAGUCCCAGGUGUCCCAGACCCAGACUCAACUGCAGCAGAAUCAGAACCAGCUGACUCAGAGUCAGAAAGAGCUUCAGCAAGCCAAGACCCACAGCCAGCAGGCACAGAACCAGUUAAAAUCAGCUCAGUCUUUAGCUCAGUCCCGUCAGAACCAGAUGCAGCAGAUCCAGAGGGAGCUCCAGCAGGCUAAAGAGUCCCUUCAGCAGAACCUCACUAAUCAGAAAGAGCUCCAGCAGACCCAGCAAAGCAGUCAGCAGAGCCACAACCAGGAAGUCGGCAACCUCAAGACUGCUCUCAGCCAAGCAGAAAGCAAGGCGACUGAGCUUCAGGGCCAACAGGACAACCUGCAGAAGGUGGUUGGUGAGCGUGAAGCCGACAUCAAGCGUCUGCAGGAGCAGCUAACCGAAGCUAACCAGGCUAAUGAAGCCAUCAGAGCCACGCAGGCCAACCAGAACCAGAGUUCCCAGUCCAUCCAGGCCAGCGACACUAACGUUGGUAGUGACGCUAACCAGGCACAACAAGAGGAGCUGGCAAAACUCAGACAAGAGCUGUCUGAGAGCAAGAACACGGAGGAGCAGCUCCGACAGCAGAUAGCUGAAAAAGAGGAGAAGACUAAGAAGGUCUUCAUGGGAGCCAAGACCAAAAUCAACCAACUAAACAGUGCAAAGGAGCAACUCAGUAAGGAGAUAGAGGAGGUGAAACAGAGCAAGGAGGAACUGGAGGUGAGAAUGAGCGCCCUCAAGUCCCAGUACGAAGGACGAUUUCUUCGACUGGACAGAGAGCUGAGAGAACUGAGAGAGACCCAAGCACAGACCGACACCAGAGAGGAACCACAGGACCAGAGCGGAGCUAAGGUGGGUGAUCAGACCAGAUCUGCAGACCAGAGACAGAUCUCUUUGAAGAGUCCUGCCCAGGACAGGGGAAGCUCCAACCUGUCUGACCCUCCCACUGCCAACAUCCGCCCCACCACAAGUACUCCGUCUCCUAGCAACAAGCCAAGCCCCUCCCCUGGGAGCAAGUCAACGCCCCGCGCCAGCAUCCGACCAAUGGUUACCCCGGCAACCGUCCCCAUCCCAACACCUACUGCCACCGUCAUGCCGACCACACAGACUGACAGCCAAGAGGUGCUGAUGAGUUCAGCAGCUGUACACUCGACCAGCUCCAGUCUGGUGAACACACCCACAUCAAUAACUCAGCCAACCAGCACCCAGACCACAGCUUUUGUCCAGCCCACCCAGCAGCAUCAGGACACAGGCCCCAGUAUGGAAGCGGAGCGACCGUCCACGUCCUCCUCUCUGAGUGGAACAGCAGGUUCAAAGCGAAGCAGAGAGGAUGAAGACGAGGAAGAGGAGAGCAGACCAGAGAGUUCACAGACACCUCCGAACUCUAAAAAACUACGACUAAAACCAACGUUGGCGCUGCAGAUGGAAGGGGAUGAGGAGAUUGAAGAAGAGCUGAGGGAUGAAGGAGAACAACAGGAUUCACCAGAUGACAGUCAGGAGCUUCCAGACGACUGUUUCCCCGUUUUAGCUGAAGAGGACGAGGACAUCGAGGAGGAAGGCGUGUCCCAGUUUGUCCCCUCUGAUAUGAUGUCCUCUCAGGGCUCCGCUAUUAUCCGGGACGUCAUCGUGAUCGACACGGACAGCGAGAGCCACGAGAGCAAAGAGGGGGAGGAGAAGCAGGAGGACGAAGGUGAAGAGGACGACGACGACGAGGAGGAAGAGGAGGAGGAAGAAGAAGAAGAAGAAGAAGAGGAAGAAGAAGAGUAUAAGGAGGAUCGGGAAGGUGAUGAAGACGAGGAUGAUGAUGAUGCUGGUGGCAGCGGGAUGAGGGGAGGAGAGGAGAGUAACGAGGAGAGCAGGGAGGCAGAAGAGGAGGGAGGGGAGGACGAGCCAUCGGGAGCCACCAACGCCGAGGAGAGUGUGUGUGGAGCGUCUUCAGACUCCCAGCGUCCCUCUGAGCCGUCACACAGCAAUGAAGGCAGCAGCAGCGCCGCGUCAGAGUCCGACCCCCCCAGAGACCUUUUCCACUUCCCCCCAACCUCCUCCUCCUCUUGUGUACCCUCCCCCUCCUCCUCCUCCUCCACCCUAACACCCCGCCUGCCCCACCCACGGAGGCCGCCACACCCUCUCCCACCUCGGCUCUACAUCCAACCUCCGGCUCCGGAGCUGGGACCCCCACACACACAGAGACAGUCCUCUCAGCUGCGCAGACCAUCAGUAGGACGCGGACCUCAGCUGACCCCUGGAAUAGGCAGCAUGCAACAUUUCUUUGAUGAUGACGACAGAAUGGUUCCCAGUACUCCCACUCUGGUGGUCCCACACCGCACUGACGGCUUUGCUGAGGCUAUACAUUCUCCUCAGGUAGCAGGUCUGUCCACCAGGUUCAGGUUUGGACCUCCAGAAGACCUGAUGCCUCAGACAUCAGCCUCACACUCUGACCUGGGACAGCUGGCGUCUCAAGGAGGUCUGGGGAUGUAUGAGUCUCCUCUGUUCCUGGCUGCUCACGAUGAAGACGGAGGAGGACGGAGUGUUCCCACCACGCCUUUACAAGUGGCUGCACCAGUGACGGUCUUCACAGAGUCUCUGCCUUCAGACAGUAGUGACCACAUGGCAUCCCAGUCGGUUCCCAUGGUAACCACCUCCACCGGGAUGGCUAGCGCUGCAGAUGAUGGAGAUGAAGUCUUCAUGGAGCACGAAGGAGAGGGUUCUGGUAUUGAAUCGUCUUUGGAGAGCCAAACAGACAUGGAACCAACAGGACAGCAGAGUGAUGAUGCUUCACUGCCGUCUACCAGCCAAGACCCCGACACCAGCAGUGCCGCCCAGCGGCGCACAUUGCCCAGUCUGAUGAGCAGCCUGCUGGGCAGAGGGACCAGAGGAGGGAGGGUCGAGACCAGGACGUUACUCAGCCGCAGAGGCACUUUCUCUCGAGGAGGAAGGGGAGGGGCCAUGGGCAGAGGGGGCUUCGCCUAAUGAUGAUGUCACCAUCUCAUCCAAUAAGGAAACGAAAAGACGACACUUAUUCCCUGGAUUAUUUUUUUGUUGACUUUUUUGAGACAUUCAGUAUUCUCAAUAAUCACACUAUUAUAUAAGAGAUAUGGGAUGUACUGUAGAUGCUUUGUAUGCGUGUGUGUGGUCACAUUGUUUGUGAAACCCAGUGAUGAGUUUUUAGUUGUGUGUUUCACAGAGCGUUGUUAUUUUGUUAGCAUCUUCAUUUAAUACACUUGUUUUAAUAAUAAAGUUGAAUAAUGGAUAGAA